AGAUUUCCAGCGCCAGUCAACAACUCAUAAACGAAGCCCAGCAGAAACAGCUCGAGUUACAACGUCUUCAGCAAGAACAACUUCUGCAUCAGCAGCAGAAACUACAGGAACUCCAAAGUCAAAUAACAUCCCAAUAUGCAGCCGGUCCCCAUCAAGGCCUCAUGUUUCUACCGUUGUUUGAACAAUUGCGUGGCUUGCAGCCGUCCGCAAUGCAGCAUGGUGUCGUCAAAACUUCAAUGGGCAAUCACAUGCUUCCUCCUCACCAAGUUACGAACUGGCUCUCAGCGCAAGGGCACCUCCCCCAAAUGCAGAACCUUACAGCUCCACCGCAAGAAAAACGAUCUCCGCCUCCACAACCCACCCCAUCCCCGCCACCUCCUCCUUCUGAUCCAGACGCGCCCCUCAAUCUCAGUAAACCUAAAUCCUCAAGUUCGGGAUCGGCGAGGUCAAGUCCGCAGAGUACCCCUACGGCGCCUCCCAUGGAUCAACCAGUGGCGGCGACGGCCCCAAAACUUCUUCCUUCGAUGAUUUCGAGGUUUUUACCCCCGUAUGCGGGUUUGCCGCCUCAGUUUCCUAUGGACCGAAAUAUGGGGAAUAAGGACAUGAGCAAUCCUGAUAAGCAGCCACAUUUUCCUUUGCAUAUGUACAUGCCGACGCCGCCGCAUUUGGGAGGCCCAAAAGAGGAGUGUAUUAAGGAGGAGAGGGAUUAUUUGCAUCUAUGGAAUACACCGGAUCAAAAUUUCAAAAUGGAAGCCGACAAUUCCGAUAAAGCAAAAAUCAUCCGACAACAAGCAAAACGUGAUAACGAUAAUAAACCCCAUAUCAAGCGUCCCAUGAACGCAUUCAUGGUAUGGGCGAAGGACGAAAGAAGAAAAAUUCUUAAAGCCUGUCCCGAUAUGCAUAAUUCGAACAUUUCGAAGAUAUUGGGAGCCCGGUGGAAGGCCAUGUCGAAUUCCGAGAAGCAGCCUUACUAUGAGGAGCAGAGUAGGUUGUCCAAGUUGCAUAUGGAGAAACAUCCUGAUUACAGGUAUCGACCGAGGCCGAAAAGAACCUGUAUCGUUGAUGGCAAGAAAAUGCGCAUAUCUGAGUACAAAAUGUUGAUGAGGCAACGUCGCCAAGAAAUGCGGCAACUGUGGUGUCGAGAUUCGACAGAUAUGAACUUUGGUAUGCCUAAUCCAGAAAUGACCUCACCCGCCUCAACCUCAGGAAGACCUUCAGUAUCACCACCAAUGGGCAUGCUUAAUGGCGCAGGUCCCAGUUCAGAGGCCAGUUACUAUUAUCCCCACGAUAAUACCUCACCGGAAGCCAUGAACUUCUCACAGGACAACAGUAUGGCUUACAAUUCGAGUCCGAGGCAUGACAACGACUGAGCCUGGCUGACCAGGGAAAAGGCAUUCCCUCAUUGGUACUAAGGUUCGCUGAAGAUAAAAGAAUGUUCAAGUGUAAGUGUCCCUUCUCGGGGGCGUUUGUGAGCUGAAAACAAAAACCUUGUAGGUUUAUUAAAUUAAAUUGUGUACAUUUUGAUCCUGGUUUAUAAAGAGACACUAAGAGGCAAGAUUCGAUUGUGCCAUGUGAGAUGAACAGAAAAAUACCAAAAGACUAAUAUUCUUACUUAAAAAAAAUUGGUGUUGUACUUGUAUUGUUAUGUAGAUAUAUUUAAGAAUUUAAAGUUAUUUAUUUAUAUCUAGUUAUUCUUUUUUUUUGUUUUUAUUUUGUAAAUUCGUGUAGAAUUUUAUUAGUUAGUUUUUCGCAUUAUAUUGCAUUGCCGAUGAGCUUUUUGUUGACUUCAGUUAUUUGCUGUUUCAGUUUGAGUCUCACUGUUAAUUUGUUCCUCCAAUCAUUUUUAAUUGAAAAAAAAAUCAAUACAGUUUCUGAUUUGAGCUCGCAACUUGUACAGCAGUUAUUGAACUAUUCCUAUUUCAAAGUGUCUCUGAAGAGUUGAUGAACAAAAUUAUUAUACUUAAAUAUUCUUCAAUCCGUGCUCAUACAAUUUUUAUUCUCAAUAGAGAAAUAUUUAAAAAAUCAACAAAAUAUUUUGAUGAAAAAAAUCAAGACAAACAAGUACAUCGGUGUAUAAGGAUAUUAAAAAAAAAAAAACAGAAUAGCGCUUUUGGCCUUACAAAACCUUCAUCACAGCCUUCAUUCAGUAGAUACCUUCACAAAAAAUAUUGAAUAAAGUAAACAUUUAGAGAGAAUUAAUAAAUGAUUUGUAAUAAAAUAUUCUUUGAAUUUUAUCCUGUAUCUACCCAUAUAGCACAUGGACUUUUUAUGGACGUCUGAAAAACGUCCUACAGGGACAUGAAGGACGUCCUCUUCUGGUAUUGGGACGUAAAUCUGGCGUCCAAUAGACGUUCUAAUGUCCCGUAUCCGUCCAUCAUCGGGAGAUCCCAAAAGGACGUCAUAAGGACCUCCUAGGGACGUAAAUCAGACGACCGAGGAACGAUAUUUGACUAUAUUCCAUAAAUAAUAAAAAUGUUAACAAUAACAACUUUUGUCCUGAAAAGGUUGGCUAAAGUUAAACAUUUUCAGUUUACAA